AUGUCGUCCGCAGUUGCCUCGCAGGCGCGCCAGCGCUACCACUAUAAGUGCAACAGCCACACCGCCCUGGAGCUCCGUGCCUCCUUCCAGUGCCUGGCCAGGGCCUGCUCCCUGCACCACCACAACAUGGCCUUGCAGCGCUUCUCCUGCGUCUUCCUGCUCUUCUCCCAGGAGCAUAGUGAGACGACCGAGAGCCUGAUGUUGCUGCAGAACUGGCGUGGGGGUAGCUUCUCCUUCCUGGACAUGAGAAAGCCCGAGACCCAAGAUUGGGAGAGUGGUCUUCAGGACAUGCCGGAAGCACUGCACCUGGAGAAGUGCGUCCACCAGAGCCUCCUCGACCUGCACCAGCUGGCCAUUAAGAGCUGCGACGCCGACCUGUGCCACUACCUGGGGACCGGCUACCCGGACCAGCAGGUCAAGUUCAUCAAGGAGCUGGAGGACCAUGUCAGCAGCCUGAGCAACAAAGGGUCCCUGGAAGGCGGCCUGGCAGAGUACUCUUUGAGAAGCUCACCCUGGGCCACGGCGACAAGGGGGACUGAGCCUGGACUGGACUUUCCCCCGAGACCUGGAGCCCGCACCCAGCCACCUGCCCUCUGGCUUGGAGCUCGCCUCCGGCCGCCCACACCGUUCACCAUGGGAAGAUUCCGAGGAGGCCGCUGGCGCCCGCGCCCCCGCCGAUGCUGGGCCCACACUCGUGUCGUCCGAGCCGCCAUUCCCUCGAUAUUGGAGUCUCCCGACAUGGUGCCCACACCAACUUCGGAGGUGCGUCAGAACAACCGCCCUGAGUGUGAGGCCGCGGUCAACAGCUACGCCGCCCUGGAGUUCCACGCCUCCUUCCAGUGCCUGGCUGUGGCCUUCUACCUCAACCGUGAUGACGUGGCCUUGAAGCAUUUCUCCCGCUUCUUCCUGCUCCGCUCCCACCAGCACAGCAAGACAGCGGAGAGCCUGAUGUUCCUGCAGAAAGAGCGUGGGGGCCAUGUUUCUUUCCUCGACAUCAGAAAGCCCGAGAGCCAAGAGUGGGAGAGCGGGCUCCAGGCCAUGAAAGACACCCUGUACCUGGAGAAGUGCGUCAACCAGAGCCUGCUCGACCUGCACCAGCUGGCCACCGAGAGCUGCGACGCCGACCUGUGCCACUUCCUGGAGACCGGCUACCUGGACCAGCAGGUCAAGUUCAUCAAGGAGCUGGAGGAUCAUGUCAGCAACCUGAGCAACGUGGGGUCAGCGGAAGGCGGCCUGGCAGACGACGUCCUUGACAAGCUCACCCUGGGCCACGACGACAAGGAGGACUGAGCCUGGACUGGACUUUCCCCCGAGUCCUGGGUGAGUGCCCACGGUCACCCUGCCUGCCAUGAAGUCUGCAGUGUUGCCCUUGCAGAAUAAGUUCACUUAAGUUUUCCUUCUUUCAGUGUUGCCAGUUCUUACAAUAAAUUGCUUCCGAAAGAAA